GAUUCAGAUUUUGUGGGUAGCUGAAGGCCUCCAUUUCCAAGGAGCUGUGUAGGUUUUGUCUCUGUGGGACAGCCUGCGCUUCUGAGAGGUUGCAAAGUCCUUUGCCGAAACAUUGCAGCAAAAGGUGCGCCCUGGGAGGCAGACCCUGGAAGUGAGACUCAUGAUUCCUGCCUCAGCCGCCGGCCCAUCUGCUUUUUCCAGUUCAGAGGCUCUGGACGUGGUCUCCAGAGGAGCAUCUGUCUUCUCAGCUGCCCAGGCUCAGGUACUGCAGCUGCAUUGCUGAGAACUGAAACGUUUUGGUCUCUUCCUGGUUUCUACUCCGUCUCCUCAUGUUACAGUUCUUCCUUCCCAUUUCGUCCUGUCUUGUAAAAAAAAAAAUACCUCUGUUCUACUACGGCCACUACUACUGCUAUUACUACUACUAACAAUAAUAACAAUAUAGCAGGAUUUGAUGCCCUUCACAAUGCUUAGCAGUGAGAAAGGAAAUCCUUCCAAAAUUGCUCACGGAGAACUGCUGCUGCACGGGGCUGAAUCUGUACCCACCAACUGCUGCUGCCUCCUCCAGAGCAGAGUCUGGGGGAAUGAGAAAAGCACUUUCAUGUGCCUGGGUAAAAACACCCAGUGGAGGCUUAUAUAAAGAGUCGGUGAGCUGGGACAGCUUCUGCAGCCCUGGUCUGAGAGAGGAGCCUAGCAGGAGUGUAAUGCUGCACGGAGCAUGAUGUACUUCCACUGCAACAUGAAACAGCCCAUCAGGAGAAGUUGAAGGAGAUACUACUUCCACAGACAUCUGUGGCGAUGACUUCCUGAUUACAAGCAAGUGACACCAACCCAGAAGGGUUGUCAUUUUGUCUGGUGGUUGUUGUUGAAUGUAAAAUAUCCUGAAACAGUUAUGUAAAAUUGAGUACCUCAUCAAUAUUACAUCUGCAACAGACGAUGAAAGCCUCCCUGCAUGGACAAUAAUCCAUUUAGUUCAUCCCGCAAGAUCUCCAGUGCCAGAUGCAGUAUCUGGCCUUUUGAUUCAGCUUUGAGAUUCACUAGUGGAAAACCACAGGCAGCCAAACAAAUCCCUGUUGACUACAUAUCUACGCAGGAGCAUACGCAAGCCAUGCUCUAGAUAUGAACCCUACUGGAUCUGAAUUAUUAGCCCAGCACUGAAACAGCUAUUUUCAUGACAAGCCUUCUGUCGCCUGCAGGGAUCCCUGGAUACAAACGGAAAUAUACUAAAUAUGGCAGAAACUAAAACCUUCCAGCUUGGAGCAGCCUGCGCUUUCACCUUUUUCUUUGCCCUAAUCUGUUGGGUUGAUGCAGCUUCCUUCCAGCAAUAUCAGCUGCUUCAGAAGGACCCAGACUAUGUAAUGAAAAACUUACAAAGGUUCCCAAAUCCUGACAUGAUCAAGGCUUUGGAAUACAUAGAAGAUCUUCGCAAGCAAACUACCAAGGGAGAAAGCAGCCCUGAUUACAACUCCUAUCAAAGUGUCCCAUACCUCCUGCAACAGAAAGAAAGCAAAGAUCAGGUUCACCUCCCAGAAAAUUUGAGGGAUUCUUUGACUGAAGAUGAGUCUCAGUGGGUUAAGGUUAUGUUGGAAGCCUUGCGACAAGCUGAGAAGGAGUCAAAAGUUGCCCCAAAGGAGAAUAAACCUUAUGGUCUGAGUUCCGAUAAUAGUUUUCCAGCUGGAGUAACAGAUGAUUACGAGGCUUACAAGUGGCCUGAGAGGUGGCAAAAAUAUCUCAAAAUGCCUAUUGGCCUCUAUGAAGACAGUUCAAGAGACAGUCCUUUCAAGCGUACUAAUGAAAUAGUGGAAGAGCAAUACACACCCCAAAGUCUUGCUACACUGGAGUCAGUGUUUCAGGAGUUGGGGAAGAUGGCAGGACCUAGUAAUCACAAGAAAGAGAGGCUGGAUGAGGACCAGAAAUUGUAUGCAGACGAUGAAGAUGAUGUGUAUAAAGUGAAUAACAUUGCCUACGAAGAUGUGGUUGGAGGAGAAGAUUGGAAUCCCAUAGAGGAAAAAGUGGAAAGCCAAACGCAGGAAGAGAUAAAAGACAGCAAAGAAGAAAUUGAUAAACAUGAAGAGGAGAUUGAUGAUGAAAUGAAGAGAUCAGGGAAACUCAGCUUCCCUGAGGAUGAAAUGAGAAGAGAGAAUAAAGAUCAAAUGUCAGAGGAUGUUUCAAAGCUAAUGAAUUAUUACCUGAAGAGGCUGGUGGGCAGUGCUGGAAAUAGGAAAUUAAGGACUGGAGGAGAACUUGAGGAGAAAAGAGCAACCACAUUUUUGGAUAAGCAACUUGAUCCUCAGUCUAUAGCUCAGUUAAUAGAAAUCUCAAGGAAUUUACAAGUUCCUCCUGAGGAUUUGAUAGACAUGUUGAAAGCUGGGGAAAAAAAGCAGCUUCAGAGUGAAAGGUUGGAAGCUGAGCAGGAAGCAGAGUUCCCAGAAGACCUUGAUGAGAUCGCUGAAACUACUCUAGGACAGAGUGACAUAUUUAAAAGUAAUGGAAACUCUAAAAAUGGGUACAUGAAGCAGCCUCUUAAUGUAAUUCCCGAAAAUUUACCUGAAGACCUCAAUAUUGAAGACAUAGUCAGUCUUCUGGGAACUGACAAUUUAGGUAACCAGAAUCCCUCCUACUUACUAAAUCAUCUUAAUCAAGAAAAUGAUUUGCCAAGACUGCCUUACAUUCCCAGAAGAUUGAAAGGACGCCCAUUUCCUAAAGCUGCGUGGAUUAACGACUUGGAAAGGCAACAAAUGGAGUAUGAGAAACUGAAUGAGAAGGAUGAAGAGCUGGCUGAUUACUUGGCAAAGAUGCUGGCAAAAUAUCCUGAAGUUAUCAAUACGAACCAGAUGAAGCGACUUCCCGUUCCAGCUUCUGAAAGCGACCUGCAGGAAGACGACCGGCUGGAGCAGGCCAUCAGAGAGCACCUAGGCCAGGUGGGACCACAGGAGACCGCGAAGCUGGCAUCACUCAGCAAAAGGCUCUCCAUGACAGGGGACACCGAUGACACGCAAAACAGGCAGUAUCUGGAUGAGGAUAUGCUAGCAAAGGUGCUAGAGUAUCUAAAACAGGAGAAAUCAGAUCUUGAAAGAGAUCACAUUACUAAACGGGCAAUGGAAAACAUGUAAUUGUUCCCCAAAUAUGAUUUCUCUCCCUGAUGUGUUGACUUCAAUCCCAAUUCAGUUGUGAUUUACACCCACUCUCCCACUAAACAACUUAUGGUAGACUACUUACCAUUGAACAGUCUGCAUAUCUUUCUCAGAGCUGUUAUCUUGUUUAUUGAUAUACUUAUGUAUGUUAUAAAUGAUGGGGCAAAUAACAAAUUGCUUCAAGUGUUUUAAGAAACAAUUUAAUGAAAUCAAGUAAAACUAUAAUAUGUAAACAACUGACCUUUGCAUUGUUAAUAAAACAUGAUAAAUGAAAAGUGACAAUUAUCAUUUGAAAUUUUUAAGAUUAAUUGGAUUAUUUUGUUACUGUCUGUAGUGUUUUUUGUGGAGUAUUGAAUAAAAAAAUAAAGCAUUAUAUAUAUAGUUUUAUUUACAAGGCUUUUUUCUAUUCAGUGUUUUAUUGUUGAUGAAUAAAUUAUUUCUGGAC